UAUGAAAGCGUCUCCGUCUCCGGGAAAGGACGUGUCAGACAGAGUCAGAUAAAGUAUUAGAAUAAUUUUAGAAGGUUGUUUUUAUAUUUACAUUAUCUUUUAGCAAUUUGUUGAUUAAAUGCAGGACAAACACGGUUAACAGCUACACAUAAAUCUGUUGUGGACAGGUUGAGCAGUCUGAAGUUUAUGUGUUAAGGGAUUCCUGCUGUUUGCCUUACAAUGCAGAGAUCUUCUAGUGACUUGGGGGAGGUAGCAACGUACCAUGAUGAAAACUUUCAGCCCUCUGAAGAGGAAACACCACAACUACAGCUCACUCAAAAGGAACUUGAGGGGGGAGAAAUGGAGGCUGAAGAGUUGUCUAGAAUGCAUUUCGACCCCUUGCUGUCUGCAUUUGCACUAGAGGAAUUUGAGUUGCCUGCUGACAUUCGCUUACGAGAGAUGCCCCUUUUCCCCAAGUGGCACCUCCCAUUCAAAGUCAUGACUGUUUUUUUAGCUGUGUCAUUUGUGUACACAUUUCUACGGGAUGUGCUGCAGCCUUAUAUGUCUCAGAGUAAAAAUGACUUUUACAAGAUUCCCAUCCUGGUGUUAAAUAAAGUUCUACCAUGGACAUCAAUCACUCUGUUGGCACUUGUCUAUUUACCUGGAGGACUGGCAUCACUACUGCAACUACACAGAGGCACUAAAUACAGCUCUUUCCCUGUUUGGCUGGAAAACUGGAUGGGUGUGAGGAAACAGUUGGGUCUGCUUUCCUUCUUUCUGGCCUGCCUACAUGCCAUUUACAGCCUGAGCUACCCAAUGAGACGCUCUUACAGGUACAAACUUCUCAACUGGGCCUACCAACAGGUACAAGAAAAAAAGGAGAGUUCAUGGGUAGAGGAUGAUGUCUGGAGGAUGGAAAUCUACAUCUCACUGGGAAUCCUAGGAUUGGGCAUUCUGGCUCUGGUGGCCAUCUCCUCCUUGCCCUCAGUUACGAAUGCACUAAACUGGAGAGAGUUUCAAUGUGUCCAGAGAACUCUGGGACAUGCAGCCCUGUUUUUGUGUACAGCUCAUGCUCUUGUGUAUGGCUGGAGAAAGUGGGUGGAGGUGAAGCACUUUGUAUGGUACACACCACCAUCAUUUAUACUGGCCUCCUUCCUCCCAGGUGUGGUGUUACUUCUCAGGGCUAUAUUGGCCAUGCCCUGUUUCAACAAGAGACUGGAACGCAUUCGAUAUGGCUGGGAAAGGCCUUGGCGAAAGGGAUUAUUAGACAAGGACUAAUAAUCACUCUGGCUUAGAGGCAUAGAGUUUUAAUUUGUGUUUGUGUGUCAUCAUGUUUAUUUUUUAGUUAUGUUUAUUUUAUUUUUUGUUUGAUUUGUUUGCACUGUAAUGCAUCAGGACAUUUAGGUAUGAACUAAUAUCAUUUCUGUUUUAUUUAUUUUCAAUAGUUAUUGUGUUGCAAUUUAAACACUUCGAAUAUGUAUACAUGUUAUUAAAGCAUAUCUUUUUACAAGUCAAUCAUGCAACCAAUAUAAAUUACAGCCAACCAACCAACAGCCAAUCUUCUCUGAGCUCAGGACUUUGCUGAACGUUUUGUUGAAAGUUUGUUGAAAAUUUGUAACUUUUUACUUUUUCUUCUUUUUACUAUAAUUUAGGAGACAAAUCUUACAGAUCUAAAAUAUCACAUGAGAUAGAAGCUUUCUAUAAAUAAGUGCUAGUAAAGAGUUGGUUUUGUAUGUUUAUUUGGAGUCGGGUAUUACUUACAAAGCAAAGUUUUCAUGGGCACAAUGCCCAUUUUACAUAUAUUGACAUAUACUCAGACCAAAUAAUCUGCAUAUGCACUUUAAUGAGUGGUAAAAUAAACCUUGUACAAAUAAAAUAAAUUAAUUCCCCACA